AGUAAAGACCGCGCGGUUGCGUACGCUUGGCGUUUGCCAUAAGACGCGCGAAAACUUUGAAAAUCGAGUAAAUAUUUGUAGCUAAAUUUAGUGGUAUAGUUAAAAUAUAACUGUUUCGGUGGUUUUUAAUUAAUUUACGUUAAAAGUAUGAUAUUAAUAAAAUAACAGGCACAUCAAACUAAACUUGUGUAAAAAGAAAGUCUUGUUCAAACAGUGAUUACAAAAUGAAACUAUUCUAAUAUAAACAUUAUAGUGCAAUAAAGUGUAGUGCAAUGUGCGAAGUGAAGAAGUCCGGUAUGGAGAAGGUGGAGAAAGGAGGCAAGGAAGUGUUGCCUAAGCCGGGGGAGACGUGGAGGAUCGUGAAGAAUGUUGUUAUUAUCAGCGUGGCGUUCAUGCUGCAUUUCACGGCUUACAGUGGGGCAGCCAAUCUCCAGAGCUCGAUCAACGCCGAGGCGGGGCUGGGCACCGCGUCACUGGCGGCCGUGUACGCUGGCCUCAUCUUCUCCAAUAUCUUCCUGCCCGUGCCAGUUAUCAAAUGGAUGGGCACGAAGUGGGCGAUGUCUCUGUCCUUUAUAACGUACAUGCCAUAUAUGGCGGCGCAGCUGUGGCCGCGUUUUUACACCAUGAUACCCGCCGGCCUGAUGGUGGGACUGGGCGGCGGGCCGCUGUGGUGCGCUAAAUGCACGUACAUCUCUGUGGUGUCAGAGGUGCACAGCAAAAUAUCCAACAUCCCUGCCGAGGCGCUCCUGGUGAGAUUCCUGGGGCUGUUCUUCAUGAUCUUCCAGAUGAACCAGGUGUGGGGCAACCUCAUAUCCUCAUUGGUGCUAUCAUCGUCUGACAACGCAGCGGCCGUGACAGCCGUGAACGAGACGAUGAUCCCGGUGCUGUGCGGAGCCAACUUCUUGCCCAGCGCCGACGCGGGGGAGGCGUUGCAAGCGCAGCCGCAAGCCAAGAUACAGACCAUCGCUGGUAUUUAUCUUGCGUGCAUGGCCGGGGCGGCAUUGAUUGUUGCCGUCGGUGUGGAUUCUAUGAAAAGAUACGACACGGGUCGCAGCGGUUCUGGCGAAGGCAAAUCCGGCCUAGAACUGCUGGCUGUCACACUCCGGUUAUUGGUGGAGCCAAACCAGCUGCUUCUCAUCAUCAUUAACAUCUUCAUAGGCAUGCAGCAGGCGUUCUUCGGCGCCGACUUUACUGCGUCAUUCGUGUCAUGCGCCAUCGGCACAGGCACGGUGGGGUUCGUCAUGAUGGUGUUUGGACUCUCGGACGCUAUAGGCUGCGUCGUCACUGGAUACUUGGCUAAGAUUUCAGGUCGAAUGCCUUUGAUUAUUGGAGCGACUAUCGUCCACACUGGACUGCUGGCGACACUGCUCGCGUGGCAAGUGCAGGCGGGCUCUGGCUACGUCAUGUAUGCGAUCGCCGUGCUUUGGGGCCUGGCUGACUCUGUAUGGAUGGUGCAGAUCAACGCGUACUACGGCAUCCUCUUCCCAGGCCGCGAGGAAGCUGCCUUCUCCAACUUCCGCCUCUGGGAGUCCGUAGGCUACAUCAUCGCUUACAUCAUCUCCCCCUACCUACGGACCAGCGCCAAGACUUGGCUACUCUUCGUCAUGAUGAUAAUCGGAGUAGCGGGAUACUUCACCGUGGAGUGUAAAGAGAGGAGGGUUCAGAAGAAGCUGUUGGAAAAGGAGAAGGAAUUAGGAUGUGACAAGGGUUGUGAUAAUAUAGCUUUUCAGAGUAUUGAGAGGUUUUGAUUCAUGCUAAGUAGUGUAAAAACUAGAGCCCUUGAAAUUCUCAUCUUUAAGAUUCGCGUUAGUUUUAAAGACCUUAGAACCUAAUUGAGUCGACAUUAAAUUUUUAGUCUUGUGAUUGCUUUCAAAAGGAAACAAAAUAUUUUUUAUAAAGCUUUUUUUAAUAUCCAUUGUCGCUCCAUAAGUAAUACAAUUUAUGGCAAAGUAUUAGACUAAAAAAGAGACUCAGGUAAAAGCUCGAGCGAGUCAAGUGGCCUUAAAAAGACACUAGGUAAAUGCACCGGACUUACGAUUAAAAAAUUUGGAAGGAAAAUUCGUAAAUCUGCGUCAACUUUGUCUUAAACUUUAGAUCUAGUCUAAAUUAUAGACGGGUCUCCAAACUUUAUUACCUGGGGGUUCUGAUCUGAUACUACCUUGUCACGGCCCGGAUUGUAUGGCUUUUGGUUCUCACACUUCUUCGCUUCACCUUCUGGUGAAGGACAAGCAAGGGCUCGCGGGAUGGAUCCGGCCCUAUAAUUUAAAGCUUAGGUAUUUAAAUGUUGAGUGAUAUUGUAAUUAAGAAAAUGUUAAUUAAAUAAUUAGUCGAUGUUAGUUAUUCGUAAUACACGUAUUGCAGGCAAUACAGUAUUUUAAGUAUCUAUGUGUUAUUGAAUGUUAUUAGUUUUUGGUAAGAAAGGUUAGUUGGGACAAGACAAGAGUGAUAAUACCAUCCAUGGUCCAACUGCAACCAACUUAUACUUCCUUAUGUUUUUUAUAAGCUGCCAUUUAGAUUACCUGUAUAAGGUGCUAACAAAUUACUCACGGGUAUUUUUAGAGAUAAUACAUUACAUUAAAACAAUUAACUUUUAACUGUAAUUAAGGAACCUUUGUAUACAGGGCGUCCCACGGCUACGCCAGAUGGAGGGAAAGUGCCCUGAAUAUUGUAAAUGGAACAUUUUACUGAAAGAAGACAUUAUUUUAAUUUAAAAAACAAUUUAAACUGCAUUUAUAGAUUUUUAAAUAAUUACGUGAUUGAACCGGGAAUCGAACCCGCUACACGAGAAAAAAAAUCAACCUGUAGCUUUAUCAUACCGAUCGAAAGGCUUCAUCAUAGUAAUUAUUUUUUGCUAAAUAACAUAAUGUCAGAAAUUAAAGGAAGCCCAUGAAUUUUAACAUUUUUAAUUCAAAAUUAAUCAAUUUAAUUUAUCAAAUGCUCAAAAUGAGUCUCAUUCUGUUGAAUACAAAGCAGAACUCUUGAUUAUUUGGCGAAAUUUCACAUCAAAUGUUAAAAUUCAUGGUCUUCCUUUUGUUUCUGACACUAUGUUAUUUAGCAAAAAACAAUCCUUAUGAUGAAGCCUUUCGAUCGGUAUGAUAAAGCUACAUGGUGAUUUUUUUUUCUCGUCCAGCGGGUUCGAUGCCCUGCUCAACUAUGUAAUUAUUUAAAAAUCUAUGAAUGCAGUUUAAAAUGUUAUUUAAAUUAAAAUAAUGUCUUCUUUCAGUAAAAUGUUCCAUCUCCAAUAUUCAGGGGACUUUCCCUCCAUGUGGCAUAGCCGUGGGACGCCCUGUAUAAUUUUUUUGUUUUCAUUUACCGAACAAAAAAAAAAUAAUAAUUUUGUAAAAUAAUCAACCCUAUUAUGUACCUGUCAAGAUGUUUAAACCUGUCUGAUAACUGUCUGUCAUGUCACGUCAAAAGUUGUUUUCUUAAAUGUCAUUAUGAUUCGACGGGAAAUGAUGGUUUAAAGAGGUUCUAGAAUGUCUCAUUUAAUUAUCUUAUUAACAGGGUGUUUUAACGUAGCAAAUUUGUUUCCUAGUUUUCUCCAAAAAAACAAACCAGUGAUGUUUUAUACUUAAAUGUACUCCGAGAAUCGAGUACUAUCAGCUGUAAAAAUAUCCGUGACUAAUUUGUUAGCUCCUUAUAUUUCUUUAACUUACUUUACUAACUUUAGACCACUUUUGACGCCUUUAUUAAUAUUUUCAAAAAUUCAAUUUGUAACAGAUUUUUACUAUAGACUUAUAUCUACAUAAACCUUUCCAAUAUCUGUGAUCCACUUAUUCUUUUUAGAUCUAAGUAGGAAUGUAAAUUUAUUUUAAUAAUAUUUUUAAAGCAUGUAUUAAAAAUGUCGUAUGUAAUUAAUAGUUAUUGUUAUUAAUUAGUAACAUUUAAUGUGUUCUAUUACCUAAGUUUACCAGUGAUAUACGAAUUACAUUAGGUAUACUAAGCUACAGUGAUACUGUUUGUAUUGUGUUAUAAAAAUAAAGAUUAAAGUUAAUAUAAUACGA